GGUCCCUCCCUGUACUCCCCCAUAUAAACCGCCAACUACAUUGUUUUUCUCACAACUGUUCCCACUGCCUUGUUUCAUACAUUUUCCUGGAGUCAUCUGAUUUAUACUGAACUAGACGUAACUGAGGGUUGUGGAAACAUGAAAGGCUACAUGGCUUUGGUCUUCUGUGUGGCAGCCUUGUCUGCAUGGAUGAUGACUGCAGGAGGCUGACCUGGCUGUGGCCCCACUGACCCUCACUGCAAUCAGAGAGCAGAGUGUGGACACGACCACUCCCUUCAUGCAAACAGGAAUCGGCUUCCUGCUGCACAAAGACAUGGCCUCUGAAGAGAGCACCUUCUGCCUGCUGUCACCCUUCUCUACUAACAUGUGGGUCGGUGUCCUCAUUGCAUUCCUGCUAACAGGUCUCUGCAUAUUCCUGGUGGGAAGGAUCAGCCCCGCUGAAUGGGCUGAGCCAGAAACAGAGGAGCACAACUUCACAUUACUGCACAGCUUCUGGUACAUCACAGGAGCUCUCACCCUGCAAGGUGCUGGUCCUCACCCUAAAGCCCUAUCUGGACGGCUAGUUAGCGCCAUCUGGUGGCUGUUUGUUAUACUGCUGCUGGCCUGUUACUUUGGCAACUUCAACUCCAUGUUGCACUCCAAUAACAAACACGUCUCCAUUAAGACCUUUGAAGACCUUGCUAACCAGGACGCCAUCGAUUAUGGCACGGUCGAGGGUGGAUCCACCAUGCUUUUCUUUAAGUUUUCAAAUAACCCUGUGUACCGGCGUAUGUACGAGCACAUGGAGCGUAAGAAGAGCUACGUGUCCAGUAUGGAGGAGGGCGUUCGCCGCUCCCAGGAAGGAAACUUUGCCUUCAUUGGUGAAGCAGUGUCCUUGGAUUUGGCAGUGGCUCGCUACUGUAAACUGACCCGUUCACAGGAAGUCAUUUCUAUGAGAGCCUAUGGCAUCGCAGCACCUCUGGGUUCCCCGCUGGUCAAAAAUCUAACCAUAGCCAUCCUCCAGCUGAGUGAGUCCGGUGAGCUGAUGUAUCUGCGGGACAAGUGGUGGGCCAGCAGCUGCGUGGGUGCUGACAAGGCCCAGACCUCCGAGGCCCUGCAGCCCCACAACCUGCGGGGCCUCUUCCUACUCCUGGGCCUGGGACUGGGUGUUGGGCUCCUGCUGGCCCUGCUGGAGCUCCUAUCCAGGGCCCGCAACCAAGCUAAGGAUGGCAAG